AUGAACAUGGAGCCUCCAAUGUGUGCGAAGGGCUGUGGCUUUUAUGGCUGUGUCGAAAACAAGAACAUGUGCUCAAAGUGCUACAAAGAUCAUGUAAAACAAGAGAAUCCCAAUGCUCAGUCGACCACGGUGGCUUCAUCAGUGGAAAAAACUGAUCUGGGUUCCAUCGCUAGAGGAAUUUCCUUGCUUUCAUAUCAAAAUGAUUCAGUUUCUAAUACUAAUGAUAAUAUAGUGGAUCAAAGAAAAACAGGUGUGAAAGCUGCAACAGAAAGGUUGGAGUUUUGGGGUUUGAAUGCCGUUGUGGUGGAGUGUUUUGCGGAAAGCAUAGGUAUCCAGAAACACACUCGUGCAAUUUGGAUCUCAAGCAGGCUGGAAGAGAUGUUUUGGCCAAGCAAAACCCUCUUUGCAAGGGUGACAAGCUGCAGUGCAGGAUAUAGAGACAGUUUAUCAACAUUUAGCAUACUUGUUCUUGUACCUGUUCUAGUACCUGACUAA